AUGCGCGGCCACGCGGACAUCCACGAGCUCUACCUCUGCGGGAUGGCUCAGGUCGCCGUCCGCCGCAGCGCGGGGCAGUGCGAGGCGUUCUGGGGCGAGUACGCCGCGCACGAAGGCCUGAUCCUCUUCCUCGGCGACCAAGCUCCAUCUCUGAAGAGUCUUUGCCUCAUCUCUUGCCACCGUGUCUACAUUGAAGAAUUGGUGGAGGCAAUGAACAAGUUCCCUCUACUAGAGGAGCUCGAGCUCUCAUUGUGUUCAAAUAUAGGUGGGAAGCAUAUGUUUCAGGUCAGCAAAGCAUGCCCGCAGCUAAGGCACUUCAGAAAGAGUGAGCUUCGGUUCUACAAUCUCCAAGACGACAGUGAUGGCGAAGACGCAGAUAGUGAGUUUAGGUACAACAAGAACGAUGUCGCCAAAGGAAUCGCAACCAUGCUCCAGCUACGCUCCCUGCUCCAGCUACGCUCCCUACAGCUCUUUGCCAGCAACCUCACCAAGGAAGGGCUGGUGGCGAUCCUCGACAACUGCGUCCACCUCGAGUCCCUUGACAUUCGCCACUGCUUUAACAUCGUCAUGGACGACGCCCUGCGAGCAAAGUGCUCCAGGAUCAAGACGCUGAGGCUUCCCCACGACUCGACAGAUGACUACGACAUUGAGGCUUUGAGCCCUCUCUGGUCAGGUCUUGGUAUGGGCAUUAGCUCUGACAGUGAUGGAGAUUGCUUCUAUGGUGGGCCUGACUACAUUCUGGACUCAGAUGAGUACGACGAUUACUGUGAUCCUGAGCGCUACCUUGACGGCGUCUACAUCGGAUGA